AUGGUCGAACGCCAACUCCCCCCCCAGAGGGCCCAGUCUCAGUCCUCUCCUUUCCACAGGGUGAUUAGUUCAGGGGACCCAGAAACCCGUCUUAUGGGCCAGUGGGGCGGUAGUGUAAGAGAUGAUUAUGGUCUUCCUCAAGUUCUCCCCACUUCUAGCACUUCCACAUAUCCUCUCUCAACUACCUCUGCAGUGCAUGCUACCUCUGCUUCUUCUGUGCCUGCUCCUCCUGUGCCUGCUCCUCCUGCAAUAAUAACAUCAAACGGUGAAAUGGAGCCCGCAUGUCAGUUGGUUGUUAAAAACACCCACGAGGAGAGUGUGCAUUCUUUUGGGACGAAAGUGAAGGACUACGGGCAACAGGAUGUGUUGGAAGACAAGAGCGAACAUGAAACUGAUGGAGGGGUUUCUGAAUCAGGUUGGACAACUGCCUCUGGAGGAAUGGCAUUCUCAUUUUCAUUUGUGGACGGGAAGCCCUUUGCUCAACCAAUUUUUAACCCGAAUGGCACUCCAUUCAAACCCUUCAUUCCAAUUCAUAUGCGUCCCCCGGUCAAAAGUCCAAAUACUAUGGUGAGAAACAAGAGUUCUUUAGUCAACAGCAGCACGAACGAUUUGAAGAGUGUCAAUAGCCAAAACCUUAUUAAGAAUAAGAAAGAAGAAAUGGAGGUUGUCAAGAAGAGAGCCGAACCUCCUACACAGAGCGUUCGCAAGGUACCCGAUACAAGCACGAAAUCUAGUUCAGCUUUGUCAGGAGCUGAGAGGCAACGCACAUAUUGCGAACUCUAUAACGCUCAUGUUGAGACAAUGUUUGCUGGAAUUUCAUCAAAAUAUCCGCAACCCACAUCUGCCAGUGCGGCCAAGGAGGCCAGACAAGCCGAAUUAGAUGCAAAAAGAGCAGCAGCAGCGGCAGACUUUGCCUCAUCUCCUACAUCUAUUAUGGCUAAGGAGGUUCCUACGGGAAGGGACAAUGAACAUAAAGCGUUUGAAUCAGGUGAUGAUUCUGGGGUGCCGCCAAACUGGGAAGCUUGUGAGCCGGAUCCGUCUACUCGACCUAAUUCUACAAACGGAUGGAUUAAUUGGAAGCCAAAGCCUAAAACCGGUCCUGCGUCGGCUCGUAGCGGACACAUGACUAUGUCAGAAUAUCAAGCUGCCAUUGCAUACAGACCUCAAGGUGUCGAUCGUGAAUACGAGGCAGCCAAGGAGCGCGCCGCCGCAAAGCGCUUCAGUGGGCCUCAAUACCAGUACUAUAAUGAGCAAUCUCAUAAGAAACGCCGGCCAAAGAAUUCCCCGCGGAAAACACAACAACAAAACUCUUCACUACCUCCUAUGUUUCCAGAUAUCCUUCCAUGGCGUGAUGUGGUACCUCAGCCCCUUAAUGUUACUGGUAAAAAGAUGCCGAAGUUAGACUUUUGCGGUGAACCGAUAGAAAAGGGAAGAGGUUUCGAUGGCACCAUUAAGCAUUGGGGCGUACCAACAAAAAAUCAAGACCAUGUUCCAUUCCUUGAAAUUAACGCGAUUGCAUCUGAAUACACUACAGACUGUGACAAAGACACAGAUGACCCGACUAGAAAGUCUGUGCGGCGCUUUCCGCCACCAAAGUCCUGUUCAGUGAGCAAAUACCCUACAGAUGCUCAGAUUAAAGACGAUUACCUUCAAGAUAAUAGUACAACAAGUCUGAAGAAAGAGCAGGAAAUGGCGGAGGCGUUAGAAUCAUCUUCUCCUCUUCCUCGUCUAUUGGAUAGCUUUUUCGAACAGAAUCCAUUUACCCUUCGCGAACGGAUUGGAACAUUCAUCAAUUCUCUAAACCCAGAUUUCCCAGAUCCUCCGGAUAUGCCUUACGAAAAGCAUGGCGAUAAACCUGUGGCAACCUGUGUUAAGAGAAGGCAGCCUUCAGACGAGCUGGAUACAAAUGAGAUCAUCAUUGACUGUGUGGAGGAUGAACUUGAGAAGCCCCGCCGCGAACCUCACAUGGAGCCGAUCAAGGGGCGCGCUGAUAUGGAAUGGUAUAGAACUCAUGAUGGAUGCUGGUCUCAGAGAGUCCCGUUGCCAAAGAAGACCCUUCCUCCUCUACCUCCUAACGAGCCUGCCAAUGAUUGGUAG